AAACGGCUUUUUUUUCUCUUUAUGAUUCUAAUUUCUUUCCCAAUUAAUUGACAAAUCUAUCUUUAAAGAAGAUUUGUAAACUAAAUAUACGUUUUUUUAAGUAUAAUAAUAAUAAAAAAAANCAAAAAAAAAAAAAAAAUUAAACAAUAAUUAAUUAUGUCUACUAUUCCGGUUAUGAAAGAAAUAAGUCGAACAUCAUCAAUUAAUGACUCAAUCAUUGAGAUUUCACUAACUUCGGAUACCGAUGAACUUAAAUUACCAAAAAACAAAACUUCUAGCAUAUUAAUAGUAAAUUUUAUGCCAAGAAUAGUCUUCGUAUUAGGGCUCGCAUUUAUAUUAUUAUAUGUUAUAUUAUUAUUAAUACAAAGUAUACCGAAUUUAUCAUUGCCUAGAUCUGUUGAAGGUGUUAAAUACCAAGCCAUCAUAUUGGAAAAUUAUUCUAAUGAAACUUGGCAAGGCUAUUUACAUAUUCUUGUUGUUUUUUCUUUGAUUUAUAUUUGUAAACAAACAUUUUCCAUUCCAGGAGCCAUCUUUCUUAAUUUAUUGGCAGGUGCUUUAUACGGUACAAUAAUUGCUACAUUGUUAACUUCUUUGUUGACUGCAAUAGGGGCUUCUGGUGCAUACCUUAUAAGCAAAUUUAUUGGACAACCAAUAAUGAAUCAAUUUUUAAGUAAUAAAUUGAAUUAUUUAAGAAAACAGGUUAAUGAAAAUAGGGAUGGAUUAUUCUAUUAUUUACUAUUCAUUAGAAUGUUUCCUUUGUCUCCAUGGUGGUUUCUUAAUAUAGCAUCACCAUUAUUAUACAUUCCAUUUGGAAUAUUUUUUACGACAAUGUUUUUUGGAUCAAUAUCAUAUAAUUUAGCUUGUGCUCAAGCUGGUGAUAUUUUAUCAGAAUUAUCUUCUACUACUGAUAUCUGGCAGCCAAUGCUAAUUUUUAAAAUGUUUUUGGUUUCUUUAUUAAGCUUAUUGCCUCCUUUAUAUACGAAAAAAUUUAAAAGUAAUAAUACUAUUAUUAAAUCAACAAAAAAUUCUUUUAAUGAACAAUUAAUUAUAAUUGAAACAGGUCAAAUUAUAUAAUUUUAAUCUUAAGGUUUUGAUUUUAUUAUUUUUUUUUUCUUAAAAAUAAAAAAAUUAAUAUUUUAUAUAAUAAA